AAACGACCUUGAUCAACAAAAACUCACGGCGGGUUUCGCGUAUUGCAAGGAGUUUUCGAAGUUGGGUAUUAAUCAGUAUAUUAAUGUCUAGAACUCACACAGAUCGUUUCGCAUAGCUGAAUUUCUUCUUUUUCCCUCUUUAGUGCUAAUGUUAACUUGCUUAAGCAAGUUAAAGACUAACAAUUGUUACUCUUUAACAGGCUACUCACAGCGAACUCAACAGUUAAAAAGUAAUUUACAUCCAAAAUACCAUUUUGGUGGAUGGAUUUUAAAUUAAAAUGCAGAAUAUCUUUAUGAAUAGUUAGAGUCUUCGUCACAAACUAACAAAGGAUGUAAUUGUGUCCACGUUAACGCGCGGAUUUGAUGUAUUGAUGAUGUAUCGAUGAGCAUAGCGUAAAAAUCGGUUACUCUCGUCCAUAUACAUAGUUUCUGUGGUUAAUAAAGUUCUGUCAUGCCGAAAUGCUUAUUUAUUUCGUCUCCCGUUUACUCAGUAUUCCGUAUGGUGUUUUGUUCGUGAACUGCAUCAGUUUCAUCAUUGGAUUAAGUACUCUAACACGUAAUAAAGGUAUGAUAUUAUAUCACUUCUUACCGCUAACACCCGUCAUGUAUUUUUCGCGUCAUAUGGAGCAUAAAACUUCCACGGCUUAAAUUGUAAUUCAUGACUAAAAUAAUGAUGCACUAAAAUUUGUGAUAUUUAACUUUUCAUCGUUUUGUAAGCCAAAUCAAUAAUUUCUAUAGAUACUUACAUCUUGAUUCGCUGUUUUCGUCUCUGGAUUAAGCUCUUAAAGUUUACCGUUCUGUUUUAACAUGCUAAAUAUUUCUAGCUGCAUUCCGCAACCUGAAAAUAUAUUUUCUUAAGAAGUUCCGAAAUCUGAGAAAAUUUGAAUAAAAAUCACUAACCUGUAAAAGUUUUCAGCGUUGUAGGUGCAUAUUCUCAAAAUGUUCUUAAAACGUUAAUCGAAAUUUCUGAAAGUUGGAAGGCUAGGUAGUAGUAUAGACGAGACUAAUUUUCAGACGACCUUUUUACGACGCUAAAGUGACAUCGAGAGUGUCCACAUACAAUUUUACGGAUAAAUGAGAGUUAUAAAUCAGUAUGAGGGAUAGAGGUUAUGAUUUACAACUGGUAGUUAGAUUUAGUCAUUAGAUCAGCUAAAAUGCCGAACCCCUAUUUAAUCGAAUGGGCGAAUGAAUUUCGCGGAAAAAUGUGAGACCUCUCAUGCUAAGUCUGAUUGGAUCGUUUAUAAAUUACAAUCUCGCUCACAUUUACAUGUGAAGACUUAAGCCCCUCAUAGUUUUCAAACCGCUUGUCUUAAUCUAGUAGUUUGUUCCUUCAUAUUCACUUUAUCUAGUGAUAGUUGUAACUGUACUUUAUUCGUUCAUCUACUUAGAGUUAUCUCGUCACACUCCUUUUUAUUACUCAAGCCAUCUGGACUCAAUAGUUGUCACUGGCGGCUAUGGGACCUCAUUUUCAUAAGUACUAUACAUCUGUAAUUAAUCUCUUACAAUAAUUUCUGUUGUGGCACUUGGGAAACACUAAUACUUAUUGAGGAGUAAAUGUCCGUACUAAGCUACGGUCAUUGUUCAACUAAAGAAUUAAGCUUAAACUUUUGUGAUCACUAAUGUGUUUUAUAUUGCUUCCUAGUCGAAUUGUUUUGUUAUUUUACUCCUACCUUUAUUAAUUUGUAUGAUAUUAAUGCACCGAUGCUCUCAAAUAUCUCUUUUUAGCCUAGCAGUCUGUAUCUGUUACUUAACUCAUGGAAUAUUUGGCACCGCUUUCCUCAUCGUUGUUUGUAAUACAAAAUGCCGAACACGUGUGCAUUAACAUGGAGAACGUUCAACGUUUAGUGGGAAUGGUAUGCGAGAAGUAUUGCCCAUUUGAUCUGAAGUCUUGGAUCAAUCAGGAACUAACCCCUAGUGUUGCUGACGAACGAUCAAUCGAAUGGAUAUUUGUGACUUCUUUACUCAAUUUUUCAUUUUGGAGUAAGAGUCAGGAUAGUUUUGAAGUGUCAUAUUGCAACAAAAUUUAUACGGGCUAUUGGGCCCUCUGUGCAGCAGUUAACCGAGCUAUCGAUGAAGGAGUAAACUUGUUAAAUCCCAAAGUAUAUCAAACUGUGACAGAGGAGCAAUUGAGACAUAUAUUUCGUUCACAUACAGCUGAGCCUAUACCAUUAUUUGAUGAAAGACUAAAUGCUCUGAGAUGUGCUGGGAAAACUUUACUUGAGAAUUUCGAUGGGUCAUUUAAAAAUGCUCUGUCCUCGUGUGAAAAUUCUGCGGCAAAGCUUCUAAAGUUAUUGUGUGAUUAUUUCCCUUCUUUCCGCGACUAUAGUAUAUACAAAGGAAAACACGUGUCAUUCUUAAAACGUGCUCAGAUAUUGGUUGGUGAUUUGUGGUACUGUUUUGAGGGCAAAGGGUUUGGGUAUUUCCACGAUAUAGAUGAGAUUACUGCGUUUGCCGAUUACAGAGUUCCACAAGUAUUAUAUUAUUUUGGUGCUAUAGAAUACAGUGAGGAAUUAACAAAAAGAAUACGCAAUGGUGAAGAAAUUGCAAAUGGAAGCGAAUUAGAAGUUGAAAUUCGAGCAGCGACAAUACUAGCUGUGCAUAAUAUCGUCAAGUCCUUAAAUAGUAAAAAUAUUAGUUGCAAUUCAAUUGUGGUGGAUAAUUUUCUUUGGAAUUAUCGACGUUCUCAUGCUGAUGAAAUUGAUGCCAAAAUUCCAAUGCAUAGGACACGUUGCAUAUACUAUUGAUUAUAUAAAUAUGAUACUUCAUGUAAACACAUGUAAUGGACAUUGCGUUUAAAUCGAAAAUAUUGUUUAUAUUUUUGCAAUAAAUUAUUAGGACUUGAG